AUGACCGACUUGUCGGAAAAUGGACAGGUACAGCCUCCGUCCAUCGAGAGCCCUAAGAGGAACUACUCCCGUCGCCACUACAUUUUGAUUGUAUUGUCCGGAUUUAUGCUCAACUUCACCGCGUGUGGGGUUGUCUUCGCCUACGGUGUGUACCAGGCCGAGUAUGAGGCCAUGGCUACUCGCCCAGGCACUCCGUUCACCGGAGCCUCCUCCGCCGAGAUCACCUUGAUCGGCAGCCUGUCCUCGGCCAUGAUGAAACUCAGUGCGCCCUUUGUCGUCGCAUGGUGCAAGUGUUUCAGUCCCCGCAUCGUCGUAUACGUGGGGGGGCUCGUCUUCGGGCUCUCGCAGGGGCUUCUUCUUGGCAUCGGCAGCUGUCUCUCGUACAUGCCUUCAAUGAUUGUUCCACCGACAUGGUUCUCCGAACGCCGCGGCCUCGCCCUGGGCAUCAUCUCCGCCGGCACCGGCAUCGGGGGCCUGGUGUUCGCCCCCGUGAUUCAGGCCUCAGGCCGUCUGCGGGAGGAAGCCGCAUCGAAGUCGCUGCUGACUCGACUGUGCCGGGUGCCCCUGCCGCCCUGGGCCCUGGUCCGAUCGCGCAAGUUCGUCGCGCAGCUGCUCAACGCGGCGUUCCAGAGCGCGGCCUAUUACACCCCGGUGUACUAUAUCUCCUCGUACAGACAGACGUUGGGCUACAGCGAGUCCGAGGGCGCCAACUGGACCUCGCUGAGCAACGCGUGCAAUGCGAUCGGCAAGGUCGCCGUGGGAUAUCUGGCCGACUACCUGGGGCGUCUGAACUCCUUUUUCGGGGUCACGCUGCUGAGCGCGGUGGGCGCGGUGGGUCUCUGGAUCCCGAGUACGUUGCUGGGAGGGUCCUCGCCGCACGAGCUGCCGGCGGCGCGGGCCUGCUUCAUCGUGUUCACCGUGCUCUACGGCCUGUUUGCGAGUGCCUACAUUGGGCUGUUCUCCCCGGCCCUGGUGGAACUCUUCGGCCUCGAGGAAAUGCCCCGCAUCACCGGCAUCAUGUACAUGGUGCAGGGCGCCGCCGGGUUGGUCGGCACCCCCGUGGCGGGGCUCCUGGUCCGCACGUCCCACGGUGAGACCACCACCCCGCGCAGCUACUUGGAUAUGGCGAUCUUUGUCGGCGCUCUGAUGGUGGCAUCCACCCUGGCUGUCGCCUGGGUGCGAGUGGAGCAAGAAUUCGAUCGGGUUCGUGGGCGUCGUUCGUGGGUAUGGAAGCUCUAG